AUGAAUUCAGUCAACAGUCUCGAUAGUACUCUGAAAGAGUCAUAUAACUAUGGUUCUUCCUGUAUCACUUCAUCCAGCCGUGAAGAUUCACAGCGAGCAUUCCUAUUAGGUUAUCCGAUUGCCCACUCCAUGGCACCACUUCUACAUGCAACUCUUUUCAAGGGAGUCUCCCUACCGUGGACAUACACCCUCCUCGAAACACAAGAUGCGUCUGAAUUCCUGCCAGCCUUGAAACAACCAGAUAUCAUUGGAUGUGCGGUUACAAUGCCCUACAAAGUGACCAUGAUGUCCGCCGUUGACGAGGUUACGGACGAAGGCCGAAUUAUCGGCGCCAUCAAUACAGUCUUUCUUCGCAAAUCGGCCGAUGGAAGUACUAGAUAUAUCGGUACCAACACUGAUUGUAUCGGUGUGAGAGAAGCGUUCCUGCAAAACUUCCCUGGCAUCGCCUCGAAAUCCACAGGGAAACCAGGUCUUGUUAUCGGAGGUGGCGGGGCCUGUCGAGCGGCUAUUUACGCGUUAUGGAAGUGGAUGGGUGUGAAAGAAAUUUAUAUGGUGAAUAGGCUGGAGAGCGAGGUCAGGACGAUCAUAGAUUCGUUUGAAGCAACUGACUUUGGUGGAAAGUUGAUUUGGGUCUCUUCUGUGAACCAGGCUGCGGCCUUGGAGACUCCAGUUCUGGUUGUCGGCACUGUACCAGACUUUCCACCCAAGGAAGAGGGGGAAAUCUUGGCCAGAAAUAUCGUGCAGACGUUUCUGGACAAGGAUAAGAAAGGUUAUAUUCUCGAGAUGUGUUAUCAUCCCAGGCCUCGUACAGCGUUCUUCAAUCUUGGCGAGCGUGCAGGAUGGAAAAUGCUUUGUGGCACAGAAUCUAUGAUUUGGCAAGGAGUUGCACAACAAGUGCUCUGGACAGAGCUUGCACUUGAGAAGUUCAGUCUAGAUGAGGCUGCGAGGUUAUUGCGGAAUCGUUAG